GGCCGCCAUGUCAAGACAGGGCAGCUGGCAGCCAUCAAAGUCAUGGACGUCACCGAGGACGAGGAGGAGGAAAUCAAGCAGGAGAUCAACAUGCUGAAGAAAUACUCCCACCACCGCAACAUCGCCACCUACUACGGCGCCUUCAUCAAGAAGAGCCCGCCCGGGAACGAUGACCAGCUGUGGCUGGUGAUGGAGUUCUGCGGGGCUGGUUCCGUCACGGACCUGGUCAAGAACACCAAGGGCAACGCGCUGAAGGAGGACUGCAUCGCGUAUAUCUGCCGGGAGAUCCUGCGGGGCCUGGCUCACCUCCACGCCCACAAGGUGAUCCACCGGGACAUCAAAGGGCAGAACGUGCUGCUCACGGAGAACGCCGAGGUGAAGCUGGUGGAUUUCGGGGUGAGCGCCCAGCUGGACCGGACGGUGGGGCGCAGGAACACCUUCAUCGGCACCCCCUACUGGAUGGCCCCAGAGGUGAUCGCCUGUGACGAGAACCCCGACGCCACCUACGACUACAGGAGCGACAUCUGGUCCCUGGGCAUCACCGCUAUCGAGAUGGCCGAGGGGGCACCACCUCUGUGCGACAUGCACCCCAUGCGAGCGCUCUUCCUCAUCCCCCGCAACCCACCGCCCAAGCUCAAGUCCAAGAAAUGGUCCAAGAAAUUCAUCGACUUCAUAGACACCUGCCUGAUCAAAGCCUACAAGCGCCCGCCCACGGAGCAGCUGCUGAAAUUCCCCUUCAUCCGCGAUCAGCCCACGGAGCGUCAGGUCCGCAUCCAGCUCAAGGACCACAUCGACCGCUCCCGGAAGAAGAGAGGAGAGAAGGAUGAGACGGAGUACGAGUACAGCGGCAGCGAGGAGGAGGAUGACAGCCACGGGGAGGAAGGGGAGCCCAGCUCCAUCAUGAACGUGCCGGGCGAGUCGACGCUGCGGCGGGAGUUCCUGCGCCUGCAGCAGGAGAACAAGAGCCACUCGGAGGCGGCACUGAAGCACCAGCAGCAGCUGGCGGCCCAGCACCGCGACUCCGAGGCCCACAUCAAACAGCUGCUGCACGAGCGCCAGCGCCGCAUCGAGGAGCAGAAGGAGGAGCGCCGGCGCGUGGAGGAGCAGCAGCGGCGGGAGCGGGAGCAGCGGAAGCUGCAGGAGAAGGAGCAGCGGCGGCUGGAGGACAUGCAGGUGCUGCGGCGGGAGGAGGAGCGGAGGCAGGCUGAGCGCGAGCAGGAGUAUAUCAGGCACAAGUUAGAGGAGGAGCAGAGGCAGCUAGAAAUCCUCCAGCAGCAGCUACUGCAGGAACAGGCCCUGCUUCUGGAGUACAAGCGGAAGCAGCUGGAGGAGCAGCGGCAGUCGGAGCGGCUCCAGCGCCAGCUGCAGCAGGAACACGCCUACCUGAAGUCCCCUGCAGCAGCAGCAGCAGCUCCAGAAGAGCAGCAGCAGGGGGCGCCGGCGAGCGACAAGAAACCGCUCUACCACUACAACCGGAGCAGCGCCCAUGCCGCUGACAAGCCAGCCUGGGCCCGGGAGGUGGAGGAGCGGACGCGGGUCAAUAAGCAGAACUCGCCGGCGGCACAGACCAAGCUGGGCAGCACCGCGUCCGACCCGGCCCUGCAGACGCGCUCGGAGUCCGUGUCCCUGGGCUCCGGCCCCGCAGCCCAGAGCCCGCCCAUGCAGCGCCCCGUCGAGCCGCAGGAGGGGCAGCACAAGUCCCUGCAGGACCAGCCCACCAAUGUGGCGGCUUUCCCGGUGCAGGACCCGGCGGCCCCGGCGCCGCCCCCGCGCCCCAUGAUCCGCCAGAACUCGGGACCCCACCUCGGAGACGCCCGCCCCGCCCGCCGGCCCGGCCCCACCGACCCGCGGGGACCCUGGGCCCGCACCGAGCUCGAGGCCCCACCCAAGGUGCCCCAGCGAACGUCGUCCAUCGCCACCACGCUCAACACCAGCGGGGCCGGGGGCAGCGCCCGGCAGGGCCACGCUGUCAGAGCCAGCGCUGGUGGGGGCCGACCCCCGGGCAGCUGGGAGCAGCUGCAGCUGGAGGUGCGCAAGGGCUCGGUGGUGAACGUGAACCCCACGAACACGCGGGCCCACAGCGACACCCCCGAGAUCCGCAAGUACAAGAAGCGUUUCAACUCGGAGAUCCUGUGCGCCGCCCUGUGGGGGGGGUGAACCUGCUGGGUGGGGACGGAGAACGGGCUGAUGCUCCUGGAUCGCAGCGGGCAGGGCCGGGUCUACGGGCUCAUCAGCCGCCGCCGCUUCCAGCAGAUGGACGUGCUGGAGGGGCUCAACCUGCUCACCACCAUCUCGGGGAAGAGGAACAAGCUGCGGGUCUAUUACCUGUCCUGGCUGCGCAACAAGAUCCUGCACAACGACCCCGAGGUGGAGAAGAAGCAAGGCUGGACCACCGUGGGCGACAUGGAGGGCUGCGUGCACUACCGCGUGGUGAAGUACGAACGCAUCAAGUUCCUGGUGAUCGCCCUGAAGAACUCAGUCGAGGUCUACGCCUGGGCCCCCAAACCCUACCACAAGUUCAUGGCCUUCAAGUCCUUCGCAGACCUGCCGCACCGGCCGCUGCUGGUGGAGCUGACAGUGGAGGAGGGUCAGAGGUUAAAGGUCAUCUACGGGUCAUGCGCUGGGUUCCACGCCAUUGACGUGGACUCAGGAAACACCUACGACAUCUACAUCCCCGUGCACAUCCAGACCCAGGUCACGCCCCACGCCAUCAUCUUCCUGCCCCACACGGAGGGGAUGGAGAUGCUGCUCUGCUACGAGGACGAGGGCGUCUACGUCAACACCUACGGGCGCAUCAUCAAGGACGUGGUGCUGCAGUGGGGGGAGAUGCCCACCUCCGUGGCGUACAUCUGCUCCAAUCAGAUCAUGGGUUGGGGCGAGAAGGCCAUCGAGAUCCGCUCCGUGGAGACGGGGCACCUGGACGGGGUUUUCAUGCACAAGCGGGCCCAGCGCCUCAAGUUCCUGUGCGAGCGCAACGACAAGGUUUUCUUCGCCUCCGUCCGCUCCGGGGGCAGCAGCCAGGUUUACUUCAUGACACUCAACAGAAACUGUAUCAUGAACUGGUAA